GGUAUAUGGCAAUGUGCUUUUCUGGAUAGAGGUUCUAAGAGUCGCGCUGUGACACUACUUGCACACAAAGCAAAAGGACAUGCCAAAUCCUCUUACGGCUACCGCGCUCUAAAAGACCAGUCUAAAUAAGAUUACUCUAGUGCUCUGUAUACAGAGCAUAUUUUGUUGGUUCAGAUACAUAUACUUGUUUGAGUUUUGUUUUUCUCAAGUGGUUGCUUUUUUCAUGUUAAGCUGAAAACCUUGGUUCAUUCUCAUUGUUACUUACUUUUUUGGGCUUUUCUCUUUAAAAACGAAUCAAAUGUCGUUACUGUGGCUUAACUAUGCAAAGUCUGGUUUUCAAUGGCCUCAAAAGGAGCAUUGGUUUAGGUAGUAAGUACGGGCUUAUCAUUCAUUCAACAAAAGCAAUCAUUCCUAUUAUUCACGACUAUCAAGCAAGCACAGAUAUCAUUGUGCGACAGAACAUCUGUAUGCAACAGUUUCGGACAACGAUCAGGAACAUUCAAAAGUACUUGCUUAAUGAGCAACUCAAUGGUCGAUCUCAAACCAAAAUGAUGUACGUCAAAAGGAUAUUAAAAGUGAUGACAAAAAGCCAUGAGGAUGCUGAGGAUUUUAUUUCUUGGAUAGUUUUUGAAAGACCUUUCUCAUUGCGAAAAGUGAAUUUGUGUCUCAUAUGUUUUCUUAGGCUUUCACAUAUCGCACCGCUUUUAUCCACAAAAAUACUGAAUGCAUUAUUCUACUUUGUUCAUUGUGAGUCUUGUUGUAAGCGUUCAUCAUUAAAUGUUAUCGAUACAUUUGAGAAACUGCAUAUUCAACCUGAUGAAACUACAUUUAGAAUUUUAAUACAUGGCCUGCUCAUCCAAGAGCAACUACAAGAAACUUCCCGAGCGGCCAUUCUCAUGAUACUCCGUCGAAAAGAUCUUAUGAAUACUAAAACUUUGAGAUUAAUACUGACUUGCAAAUAAUAAAAGUUUUGAUCGUACCAAUAGCACGUUGGGAAUGAACUCAUGGAACAACAUUUUGGUUUUGAUGCAUUUGGUUACUAUCUUUGACAUACAGUAAAUGGAUAACAUUAAAAAAGUCGAUUUGGUGGUUUAGAUGAUUAGAGGGAAAUAGUCUUAAUACCAUAUUUCAUAAAAGCUUGAUAGUCAUUUAAGGUAUCGAAAUUACACGGAGUGUGUAAUAUUGCUUGAAUAAAUAAAGUAUUAUGUGUUUUUAAA